AUGAAAACUAAUGUUAAAGUUGGUGGAUUCAAUUAUAAUUUAGUUAAUUCAGACAUGAAAUUAAUUGUUAAUAAUAAAAAACUUAUUAUUGGAAUUGGUUUCAAUCAUACAAGAAGUGGUACUUCUGAUGGAUUAACAACUGUUGGAUUUGCUGCUAAUACAACCAAAGAUUCUCCGCAUUCUUGGGCUGUUCCCGUCAACUUGUGGCGGAUGCUUUGGAAACCGAAAAUCCUGUUAUCGGUAAAAAAAGGGCAUCGUUGUAGAAAUCGACGGAAGUACAGCAGGGGACACCGGAUCUAA